CAGGCGGAGGUGACGUUUGAUGAUGUCGCCCUCUAUUUCACGGAGGAGGAGUGGCUGAGUCUGCAGGAGGAGCAAAAGAGUCUCUACAAGGAAGUGAUGAACGAUAAUUAUCAGAUGAUCCUCUCACAGACUCGCCCAGAUAUUAUAACCAACAUCGAGUUGGGGUGUGAGCCGUACAUCACCACAGCCAAGGCCAGCACCAUCAGAGGUUCCUGGCAAGGCGAGCGGUUGGCAGCCUCUGACAGAAGCAUAUUGCAGGAGAACAUCCAUGAUACGCAGAGCACCGAAUCCACGCCACCACUGAAGAGACAGCGGAGAUACCCCAGAGUGAACCCGUUCAGGUGGAUAAAGAAACACAAGAAGAGUAAAAGUCGUUCUCACCGAUCAUCAAGGAGGUCGGAGCAAAGAGAGAAUGGACCUAUUGUAGAGAGGAACUACGAGACCCCUCCCAUGUGUGGCGAUGUCUGCACAGACCAGCCGGAUGUAGUUGGGGAGGGGCACUCCGAACUGCGCACAGAGGACUCCUCAGACUCUGUGCAGACCAGUGAAAGGGAAAGCGAGCCGAGCUGCCUUCAGACUGAGGAUGGGAACAGAUCAGAAGAUCAAAGUUCACGGACAAUUCAAAUAACUGGCACCCAAUAUAAACCAGAUCUGAGGGUGACUCUGAGCAUCUCGGAGGAGGAACCUGGGAGUGUAGCGGACAGAGGGGAGGGGAUAGCAGACCUGGAACAGUAUACACUGCACACAGCAGAGGCUGAGAGAGCCACAAGCUCCUUAGAUACCGCUCCAUUCCCUGAAGAGCACACCACCGACACGAGGGAUGGAGAUGGACAUACGGAGAGCUGUGGAGGGGCUGCGAGUCCUCAGUCUUUACCCAAAACCACAGAGGACCUUACAGAUGCUGGGCAGACUCUCAGUGUAAAUGAGGAGGAGAUACCCCAAGAAAAGACUGCAUGUGAAGGAAUGGCUUCACCACGGAAGAAAGGAAAACGCGUCCAUUUUAGUGACACCAUUACCACCUUUAUUAUUGAGCCAGAAGACAGCGCUGAGAGGGAAUUUUUCGACAGCAUUAGGCUGCAGAGAAAAGUCUUUCCACGUAUUGUUAUUGUGAGUGUGGACCCGAAGGGAAGCACCACAGCAGAGUCAAUCAUGGUUACAAGGAGUCAGGGAUCCAAGCCUAAAGCCACCCAGCCAGAGCAGAAGACCACUGUGACACCUGACACUCUGGAAGGAGGAAGACAAGAUCUGAAAAGUCAAAAUUCCAAGAAAUGCAACAAUACGGUGAGGACAGUGGAGACGGUUGAAGCGCCAAGUGCAGUAUGUAGGCGAGACACUGCAGAGCCAUCCCCGUCUACGGGGCCUCUGCUGCAAUCAGAGAACAGAGGUGAAGAGUACCUGGUCACAAAGAGUCAGGACCUCAAACCUAAUUCCAUGCAGGCAGAAAGGGAAACCACCACGGUGCAUGGCAUGCUGGGAGGAGAAAACCAAGAACUGAAAAGUCAGAAUUCCAUGAAAUGCAACAAGACCAUGAAGACGAUGGAGGAAGUUGAAGGAUCAUCACUAAGUGCCGUAUGUGAGAAAGACACUACAGAGCCUUCCCUCUCCACAGGCCCAGGGGACACAAACAAAAAGGACGUAGGGACACAGAUAGACCCGAUUCACAAAGAGGAGAUUCAGCAACCAGCAAAUGAGAUCCAGCUCACUCCGCCACACCCGGCUGACGAAGAUCAGAACUUUGUAAAAUCUUAUUCUUGUUCUAAUUGUGGCAAAAUUACCCACUGGACGCGGCUCAACGAUCAGCAGAAAACUGAUGUAGAAAAGUCCUUUCUUCAUGUGUGCAGAAUGUGUAACCGGCAGAGAGAUAAAGGUGUAUUUAGUCCGCAAAAGGGCACACAAAAUACAACACCCACCAAAUAUGCCACCUCAGGUAAAAAUGUGACCGGAAGCCCUGCUAGAAAGAAG